GAUGUUACCAUGGAAACGAAGCCCGUGAUCUAUAAAUCUAAAUGUAAAAUUCAAAAGCGUUGACACUGGUCAAUUUAAGGAACACAACUUCGGCUUUUUAUUUGCAUUUCAGCAAUAUGAAUAGGAAUGAUAACAACAUGCAGAACGAUUUUUCCAUAGAAAAUGUCAGACGAGGGGUACUGCUUGUAAUGUGUAAGAUUGGUCUAGUUGCAUUGGUAGUGGUUUUCCUUUCAUUCGCUCUCAACGUUACAUCUAGAUUAAAUCUGUCAGGACAAUUAUUCUCAAUACAAGUGAAUACCUCACAAUCUAAAAAGAGUUAUGGAUCCAAGGCAAAUGGUAUUAGUAACCCACAUGACCCGAGGUUUUACAACAUCAUAUUGGAAGAAGAAGCGCUGAAAUUUAAACCUUGCCAAGAUAUAAAUAAAACAGCAUCUGUAAGACACUCAAAAAUAAAACUGUCAGAUCGUGUAAAUAGGACAUACAAUAUAGGUGAAGAAGUUGUGGCUUUGGUUAAGCUGUACGACUGUUAUGGUAACCGCAAACGUACUGGUGGAGAUCAUAUUAGAGCUACACUAGAAAACAAACAACUUAAAGCGUCAGUCCCUUGUGUGGUUACUGACAACAGAAACGGAACGCAAACGCUGGUUUGUGAGGCAUUAUGGAUAGGGACUGCAACAAUAAACGUAUUACUAGCAUAUACAAGGGAGACAGUUACUUCUCUCUAUCGGAUUAGAACGCAAGGUUUAGCAACUAGACAUAUAUUUGGAAUGUUCAAGAGUAGAACUUACAGCAAAGAUAUUAACUACAGCGAAGUUACUACCUGUCACCCAAAUCAUACCUACUUUCUGUACCACGAAAAUAACACAGCGUUUUGUAAUUUUACUUAUAUAAACUCGGGGCUGCCAUUUUAUUGUGGAAAACCAAAGGAUGAACAUUUGUUGUGCCAUGACUGGGAGCUCGUUAGAACGGGGGACCCAUUUCCAGAACUUCCAAUCACAGAAUGUGAGGACAUUUUACUGAAAAGCGGACAGCGUGCAUUUGAGCAAACUUUAACAGUUAACAUACGGAAUAGAAAUGAAGACGAUCGUUCAUCUAUCAAAGACGAACCGUCCAUACCUUGUUCAAAGUACAACAGGUCUCUCUUAUGGCGGUCAAGAGAGACAACUGGCUUCUUCUAUAAUGGAGAAUGGAAGUUUCGAAACUGUGUCGGGUUCAAAGUUAGCCGCUAUAAAAAGUGUCUAGCACAUAGGCGGUUAUAUUUAUUCGGCGAUUCCACGAAUAGAGCAUGGUACUCGGCAUUCUUACAGCGUUUCAAGUGCGAACCUAUUACGGAGAAAUGGGGUGUUGAAAGAUGGCAUAAAGAUUCAGAGUGUUACAAUAAACAAAUCGAUUUCAAAGCAGGCUGGUAUCCGCAUGCUCAACCAUUCAACAUUGGAGAAGCUUGGGACGACGUGAAAUACACCAUAACUUCCAUCUCUCGGCGUAUAGACAAUAUCCCACGAAAUGAACGUGCUAUUGUUGUUAUACAUGUUUUUCUGCACAUGGCGCCUUAUCACCAUAAUGUAUUUACACAAAAAAUUGAAAACAUCCGUAAAAGCGUUGAAACGUUUUUGGAAAAUAAUAAGCAUUCAGUAGUUAUGAUAAAAGCACCACAUACAUAUGUGGGCACGCCGGCUGGCGGUUUCAGACUCAGCGACUAUUAUGGUUUUGUUUACAGUAAAAUUCUAUAUGAAGUAUUUGAGGGUCUACAUGACAAAGUUGUAUUGUUGAAUAAUAAGGACUCUACUAUAGCUCAGCAUGUGGAAUGGAAUCAUCCGCCUGGCAAUAUUAUAAAUAUUAUGAUAGAUCAAAUGUUAAGUUAUGCCUGUGAUUACUAAAUUUGAUACUUUUGACUGUCAUAGCAACAGCAAGCUUUAAGAAUGUUUAACGUCAUGAUUCAUCAAUUGCUACAAAACAACGGUACCUGUCGAAUAAGAAAAGCUUCUUUCGGAAAACGAAGACCAUUUAAAUCGCAAUUAUAAAGAAUUCAUUGUUAUAUUACAAGACCAAUUAUAUAAACCGCCGGUUUAUAGUUUGUGUGCUAUAUGUUCGGUCUAUUAUUCAACAAAGUCAGGGAGUGUGGUAAGGGGGCGGGGCUGAUAAGUAAACAUUUUGAAAAUA